AUGUCAAAGUAUAGCAUUACCGAAUUGAUGGCACUACAAGGCACUGCCUCUAUUGAUAUUGGCCAAUUUACUAUAUAUGCACUUGAAAACAACUUGCUACGCCGCCAAAAUACCGGAUCGGCCACUGAGCGUGAACCAACAUUGUCUGGAUCGAGACGUGCCGAUCGUUCUACGGCAACUUCUGAUGAUUCAUUCCAGAAGUUAGUUUCCCGCCCCCAGAGCGAGAUUCAUGACAAAGAUUCAAACAACAGUUCUGGCUUUGUCAACUUUCUGAAACGGCACACUUCACCGAAACAUCAGCGAGUCACGCCAGGCGGCAAAGUUGUCCAUAUUGACACUAAGGCCCCGGCUCCAGCAUUCAAGCCACCAACCCUGAAGAAAAGCGACGAUUGUCCUCCAAAAACUGGGAAGAAUAUGACGAAGCCGGUCAUAUCGCAGAAAAUCAAUGCAGAAAAAAAGGCUACCCAAAAUAGCGGCGAAUCUUCAAACUCGAAUAGUGUCAGGUUUGACACUUCAGGAGAACAUGAGAAGCCCACUAGGGCUGCAGCAGGUGGUGUUCGUAUAGGAACUGGCAGUGAGGAAAACAAUCCUCAAGUUGGCGGCUUCUAUCCUACAUGGCAAUCGUUGCAACAACUGCAAGUUCCAUUAUUGGCAUCCGAUAUCUACCGACAGCAACCACUGCCACUGACCCCAGGAUUUGGGUCUGUAUUCCAGAUCAUGCAGCCAGGUCAGGAUGCUCUAUCGAUGGCAGGAUACUUCAAUUAUCCAUCAUUGCUGCUUCCAGAUCCUGGGGCAUGGUAUCAAGCUGCUCCUCAGUCAUACAUUAACCUGGGCUCGAUUAUUCAGAAUUUAUCGCAGCCACAGACUGCACCUCUGUUGGCAACCCUUUUGCCAACAGUAGGGAAUCCGGGUGCGAUACUUCCUACCUUCAGCCUACCCGAUCCUCAUGGGACUGUACCAACUACAUACGCGGUGUUGGGUCCCAACAAUUUGACGAGCCAAUUGACCCCACAGGUUACGCCGUAUGCAGGAACACUUCCAACGUACGUGGUUGAUCAGGGCACGCAAAGAUCACUCCAGGAUGCAAUGAAGGAAUACCAGAGUUUGUCGACGCAGCUGGCGAACCUUGAUCGAUACAUGGCCAUUCAUGUGUUUGAGAUGGAUGCAGAGACAAAACAGAGUCUAGUUGAGCAGAGGCGCAACCUUGUCAAGGACCUGGACAUGGCGAGGAGGUACAAGGAGCAUCUCGAAUCUACUCUCAAGAUUCCCUCCACCAUUGCUGAAACAACAGGAGCGCCCCUAUUUUAG